UAAUGAAAGGUAAAGUUGAGAUAUCAUCUUCUUAAGAACAAAAACAUUUUAUUAAUGAAUCAUAAAUCUAAUUAAAUCAAGCUGGUAUUAGUUUAAAAGUAAAAAUAAAGGAGUAUAAAUAAAUGGUCAUUUUAUAAAGUAUGAGAAUGUUAUGAUGAUUGGAACAAGUGGAUAAUCAGCAUUAUUAUGUUUAAAAGCUGAAGGUUAAGAGGAUGAAGAUGAUGGAUAAAUUGGAUCUACAGUCAUUUAAUAAUUGAAUGCUCAAUAAACAGGAAUAAAUAUAUAAGGUAGUUUGACAGUUUAAAUAUGGUGUGAAUAAAGAGAUGAUUUUGUUAAAGAAUUUAAGAGACUCUAAUAAGAAUGCAUCAAAGAAAAACCAUUAGAAUAAAUAUUGAGUAGUGAUGAAGAAGAUGAUGAAGAAGAUAUUGAUUAAUAAAUGGAAAUAGAAUGAU